UGAUAACAGAUAAGUAAAUAGCAAAUGUCAAAUCAAACCUGACACAAACCGACAUACUAAGCUUCCAUUAAAUCAUGGAGGUAAAAGGUUUGCUCGCAGCUCUUCUCAUCUGUCUGACGGUCUCCCAGGACGAGGCCUGCCUGUUCUCCAAGUACAUACUGAGCCGUGAACACGGCCACCUCUACCCAGACUUCCACCACGACUUCGCAAUAAGAUCCUCACCACCGGUACAGGACAUUCACCUCGCCCUGGCUGGCGACGGCAUCAUGCGCGUCAACUGGCUCAACCCCAUACCUUUCAGCCAAGGACUUUUCAGCCCUAUGUGUUACUAUGGCAACAGUUCUAAAAACAUCAACAUUAAAGUUCCUGGCUUUAUUAGCACAUAUCCCAGUGGAGACUUCGAGCUGACCUUGAACACGGCUACACUUGACCUUCAUCAGUUGGCAAACAUAUAUGAGACUGUUUAUUAUGUGUGUGGUGACGAGAAGUAUGGGUGGAGUGAGACCCAUUUUUUCACCCUUCAGCCAGGUACGAUAAAAGAGAAUGUCGAUUCAGGUGAGGGUCCGCUGAUAGCUUUAGUGGGGGACAUGGGUGUGACUCAUGGUGAACACACAAUGGCGUCCAUCAGUAAGAGAGUCAAGUCGAGCGACGUACAAAUGCUUGUUCAUGCUGGAGACAUCAGCUACGCAAACAAGUUUGGUGGAAAGACAGGCAAUAACAGUUACAUAUGGGUCAACUACAUGAACCAGCUGCAGUCAACCGUCUCUCAGGUGCCGUACAUGCUGUGUCCGGGAAACCACGAGAGCCAGUUCGACUUCGCCGGCUACCUCAACUGGUACACGAUGCCGACCACCCACAGCGGCUCCACCUCCCCCUUCUGGUUCUCCUUCGACUACAUGGGCAUCCACUUCCUCUCAUUUUCCACCGAGCAUCCGUUCCAACAGAACUCCACCCAGUUCGCCUGGAUCAAACAGGACCUCUACAAGGCCAACUCUAACCGCGCCAACGUUCCCUGGAUAAUAGUCUACGGGCAUCGACCUCUGUACUGCACCAGCGUGAUCUGCUCAGAGCGGUGCGAGAGCGAAGCGCCACGGUUUCGGUCAUACCUGGAGGAUCUGUUGUACGAACAGAAGGUUGACGUGGUGAUGGCGGGACACAAUCACAACUACGAAAGAACGUACCCCGUCUACAAGUUGAAGGCAACUCAGAAGGACUACAACAACCCAAAGGCACCGGUGUAUAUUGUAAAUGGAGCAGCAGGCAACCCUGAAUGGAAUGAUCCCACAUUCAGGCUGAAUGUUCCCUGGCGAGCUCACGCACAGUUCACGUUCGACACCGGUUAUCUCUUACUGCGGCCGUCACCAACACAACUUCAUUUUCAGUACGUCAUCAGCAAACGUGACAAAGUUGUCGAUCAGUUUACCAUAACAAAAACAUCCAACCAAUUUUAGCUUAAAACUUCAAACUCUACUGUUUGCAGUAAUCUGUAGUGCUGUGGUGUUUUCUAGAAAUGAUUUGUCACCAAAGUGACGAUAAGGCAACACAACAAUAUUAAAUGUUAGAUUUUUCAUCUGUAUUUUUUUUUUAAUCAGCGAGAAAUUUUAUGUUGUAUUUUAUAUCUACAUGACACUGGAAAUACCUCUCAUUGAAAUGUUUGUUUUAAGAGGUCAAUAAAAAAUGGGGGAGGGGAAGGGAUGAAAAUCUAUAAUUAUUUUAUUAUGGCCUGAUCUAUAAUUUUGUAUUCAAUCAUUAAAACACUGCCUACCAAAUGAUUAUUAAAGCAUUGCCUAUCAACUGACUCAUCCAUCACUAAAAGUUCUAGCAACAGAAGACAUUAAUGUACAGAUUUAAGCGUAACACUCUUCUAAGAACAAUAAUAAAGUUCAACAAUAGUCAAACAUACAGCGUGUCAAACAUUUUGUAUGUAAAUGAGACUGAAUUUAUCAUUGUAUGCAACAAUGGUAUCAAUUAUUUAAAUAAAGAUAUUUAAUAGGGGUGUAACGAUACAGUAGGGUUGCGAUACGAUACGUAUCAUGAUAUUCACCUCACGAUACGAUAAGUAUCGCGAUGUUAAAUUUACAAUUAAAAAUACUGAAUUGUUGGUCUAGAAAAUUAUUAAUAUAUUAAUAAUAGAUCACUUAUAUUUGUGAGGAGUGCAAGGAAAACAACCACAAAUGGUUCACAACUGUGUUGAAUUAUUUGUUUUAAAAAGUCAUGUUCUUUGUUUUUUUAAAUAAGACUGUACACACUUUGUGGUUUUAAUUGUGCUCUUUGGGCUGUGAUAAUAUCCUCUGCAGUGAAAAAACACUUUUGAAACAAAUUCUGCCCACCUCAAACUUUGAAACAUGUUCUUGGUGUGUACAGGUAUGUUUUGGCCAGUUUAGCUAGCACUGUAGAGCAGGGUGCACAUUAAGUCAAUACUUUUCUUAAUGUGCAGGGCGAGUUGCUUCCCUCUAUUUAGCAAAUUUAAAAUGGUGGGCAAUUUUUUUAUGUUGUCUUUGGAAAAUUUAUUUUGUUAAUAAUGAUGCAAGUACUCCAAUCGGGAUUUAUUGAGUAUGGUAGGUUAUACAUUUUUGGUUUGUGUGUCCACUUGUGGCACUAUUUCGGUUGAGAAACGGUUGAAACAUGGUGCAACAAGUUUUGAAUACCAAUAAUAUACAGGAUAUGUAAAAAUAUUCGGACGUAGAAACAACCACACUUUGGACUACUACUACUAGCAUUGGAAAUCUAUGUUCAGAGGAUUACUCGAAAGGGGAAUACAUUCCUCUUUCUUGUAAACAGUGAUUUCCUCAUCCACCUGGGCACACUGUGGCUUAUCAACUGGCUGGUAGGCAGAAGAAAAAACGCCAUACGGUAUAUUGUACUUCGCAGGCGGAUUUUCAAAUUCGUCUGCUAAGAACUCCAUGCUUUGCAAACAUGUCACAUAUGUCAAACAAUACCGACGAAGACCUAGGUUCGAGCAAGCGAUUGGCUAUAAAUCUGGAUAUCAGCCAAUCGAAAUUAAUUUAACUUAACGCUGUGUGUGGACUGGUUUCCGGUAACGGUAACUGGAACGGAAACUAGGGCAAGAUAUGCGGUUUGCGUACAUGACAAAUAUGACAAAAGGUACAUUUAUUUUAAAUAAAUCAAUACUUUAAAUGACAAAUAUAAAUUUUUUAAAACCGUAAGUAUCGACACAAUAGUGCAUGUAUCGUAUCGUAGAGAGAAAUACCGCGACAUGUCGACUUAUCGAUAAAUCAGUACGUCCCUAAUAUUUAAUAGGCAAACCUUCCUUUUGUAGCUCUUUAAUCAAACUGCAGAACUUUGUUAAAUCAGCAGUUAUUUCGUACAUCGGAGGUGGGGGUGGGGGUAAAGCAGAUAUCACAACAAUUACUAUUUUAUGCCUGGUGAGUUGCCUACAUCUUUUUUCAUUAUGCUUAUUUUAUUUAUUUUUUUAAAUAUUUUGCAGUGUUCUACACUCGGUUUUAUAACUUACUCUUCUUUGGCUAGUGGACAAAAAAAAAUUACUAGCCAAGCUUAAAAUGUUACUCGCCACAGUGUGACACUACUCAUUUUGUAUCAUUUAUGAAUGUGUUGUAACCAUCAUAACAUUAUAGAUGACUUAUGCUGCUAAAUUAAAUAAAUAAUUUGAAACAG